GGCCGCCGUUAUCUACUUCACUUGUUCGUUGUACAUAGUCAACGCCCUAUAAUAGAUUAUUCGCGGGCGCUUAUCACCGUUAAUUUAUAUUUUAUAUUGUUUUUUGGCUCAAAUAGCCACAAGUAUUACAUUUUUUGUGGGCGCCAAUUGUCACAUUUAUAUUAUUGUCAGGCGCAAAGCGUCACACGUAUUAUUGUUGUAAUGCCCAAAUCGUCACAUUUUCAUAUACAUCAUUAUUAAUUACGACGCAAAUACGCAAUCUGGGUUAUAUUAUUAAUAUUCAAUUGUUGUGUGUCGACCUUAUUAUAUAGGAUAGGUGUGGCAGCUGACCAUCCGUACACCGACAAUUUAUACUUUUAAGUCCACAUUAGAAUGACAAUGGAACGAUUUGAAGUAUUACCAUUACAUCAAAACAAACACCUCAUCAAACAAUGUUUUGCUUUAAUACAUUCUGAAUGGCCUGCACGCAAUGAAAAAGCUCCCAUUAUGGAAAGUUUGGAGGAAUCAUGUGAUACUAUGCCAAUAUCUUUGAUAUUGGUUAAGAAAGAAGAAGAUAACUCCGAGACACUUAUAGGACAUGCACAAAUUUCACUUAUACCGGAUAUUCCAAAUGGUAGUUUCAUAAAAACAGUGGUCAUACUGAAUCAUUACAGAGGAAAAGGACUAGGAAAAUAUCUUUUAUUGAAGACCGAAGAAUACAUAAAAACGUUGGGUUUACAUUUCGCAUACUUGUGUACUAUUUCCAUAGAAGAGUUUUACUCAAAACUUGGAUAUAUUCAAUGUCAGCCAGUUUUCUUUUGUGGUGGCAGUUUGAGUGGUACCAAAGAAUCAAAAAUAGUUCCUGUGGGAGGGACAUCAUUUAAAACAUUUAUGAAAAAACAAUUGACUUGAAACCGUUUUUUAAAAUGUAUUUUUGUUUAUAUUUUAAAUUACAAACAAGGAAUAAAUAUCACUGAUAUAAU